GUUUUUUGCCUUCAUCUUGUCCAAUCGUCCACCCGUACAGGAACCAAUCUUUUGAUGUGUGAGCUGGUGUAACUUUCCAUGUCCGAUGAUGAUGGCAUACGGCAGGCAAUCUUGCAACGAACGCUCCAAGAGGUAGCACAAGAGGAAAGUGAGAAUGAGGCAACUCCGUGCGUCAUCUGUCUCGAACCGGUCUCCGAAGCCGCCAUCGCGGUGCCCUGCAAGCAUGCGAACUUCGACUUUCUGUGUCUGGUGAGCUGGCUGGAGCAGCGCCGGAACUGCCCGCUCUGCAAGAGCGACGUCUCCGCAGUCCGAUACCACCUCGAAAGCCCCCAAGGACCAAAGAUCUAUCACCUUCCACCUGCCCCGCCAGCGAACCCCAACACAUCCUCGUCCCAUCCUCUCGCAUCACCCUUCCACCAUCACCCACCCCGUCGCCCGCGCCGCGCUCGAAGCCCCGCGAGUCGACUCCCGCACCAAGCCCAACCGAGCGACGACCCCCUCCGCCGACGCCAACACAUCUAUCGCCACCAACUCUACUCCCUGCGCGUCGGCUCCAACCGUCUCUCUCAAUACCGCGAGCUCACGCCCGAGCGCUUCAACCGCGAGGAGGAGUUGGUCUCGCGCGCGCGCAAAUGGAUCCGGCGCGAACUCAAAGUGUUCGCCUUCCUGAACCCUUCCGCCGCGGGACCCGCCGCGGGGACUGGUAGCAGUGCUGGCGACUUGCGCUCGACAACGACGCAGCGACAGCAGCCCGCACCUCCUUUACGAGCUGGUCAGCAGCGACUCGAGAACCGCCGCGGUAAUAAUGCCGAGUUCCUCCUCGAGUACAUCAUCGCGAUCCUCCGCACGGUCGAUAUCAAGGGCAGCGCGGGCCAGGCGGAAGAACUCCUCCGGGAUUUUUUGGGGAGGGAGAAUGCGCGGCUGUUUCUGCAUGAGCUGCAGGCUUGGUUGCGGAGUCCGUAUACCUCGCUGGAGGACUGGGAUCGGCACGUGCAGUAUGAGGAUGUGUCGCGGCGUGAGGAAGCAUCGUCUGCGCAGGCGCUGGCCGAGGGCGCCUCGGCGUCGACGCCGGCUUAUCGGGGUGGGAGUUCACAUCAUCAUCGGGGAGGUGGGAGGGGAACAGGGCGGGGACGAGUGGCGAAGCCGGCGUAUUCGCGGAGGCAGCCGUAUCAGCGCGGAAGCCAGGAGCAGCAGGCCCGGAGGAUACAAUAUGCUCGGGAGCGUUAUAUACCAGACUAAGAUAGAGCAGACUGUGGGUUUUGCUGCGCUGUCCGCAGCUAUGAAUUAUCUUGCAUAUACU